GAACCUUCUUGAAUACUUGGCUUAUGUUGGUUGAUAAGACUUUCUAGCAAGAUGUUUGGGAACCGUCCCCUCUGGGUGCCCAUGGAGAGAGGAUGUGGAGGCUGGUGCUCACAAGGACACAUUGGCGAGGCCCUGAGUCCCUCUAGGACCUAAGGGAUCCUAUCUCCCCCCUAGGGCCCUGGUUGAGCCUUGGACCUGACCUCCUCCUUUGUGUGUUUAGGGAUUGGUGACCUUCCCUGAUGUGGCCAUGAGCUUCUCCCCAGAGGAGUGGACGUACCUGGAUGUCUCUCAAAGGGAGCUCUACAGAGAUGUGAUGCUAGAGACGUAUGAGCACCUGCAGGCUGUAGCAGGAUAUUUUGGGGUAACGCCUGUGCUAAUCUCCUGGUUAGAAGGAGGAGUCCUGAGAAGGCUGCCACGAAGCCUGUUUGUCGCAGAACUCAAGCCAGAAAUCCAUCCUUGUCCCUUCUGUUCUCUCACUUUCUCCAGUCAGAAUUUCCUCAAUCGUCACAUGAAACAAAGUCAUCCCUCUUGGAUCUUCCUGGGAACAUCUGAUAGAAAAUAUCCUCAAUCAAAGAAUUCUUAUCCACAUGAUCAAAACCAAUGGUGGCAAUAUUCUGAUCCAUAUAAUGGCAAAUCAAAGAAUGACAUACUUGAAAGUCAAAAGCACAAAAAAAGAUCCAUACAUUUGGCUAAUAGGGUGAGACAUAAAAGAAUUUCAACAGCCUUUUCUAAACUAUUUAGCAGUCAAAUAGAUAGCUCUAGUAAACAGAUGACAAUGGAGAAAGACAUUAACACAGACUUGAAAGAAAAUCCAAAGGGCACAGUUGGAGUAGUUCCAGGGAUAGACUUGCCAAUAAUUUUAAGAGACAAGUAUGUAAGGCCUGGGCAAGACUUCAGUGAUGGAUCAAAUUUCAUCACACAUCAAAUAACUCACACAGGGGAGAAAUCUCAUGUUUGCAGGGAGUGUGGGCAAGGCUUCAGUGUGAGGUCAAAUCUCAUCACACACCAGAGGACACACACAGGGGAAAAGCCCCAUGUUUGUAAGGAGUGUGGGCGUGGCUUCAGUGACAGGUCAGGUCUUAUAAGACACCAGAGGACACACACAGGGAUGAAGCCCUAUGUCUGCGAGGAGUGCAAGCGUGGCUUCUGUCAGAGGUCCCAUCUUAUUGCACACCAGAGGACACACACAGGGGAGAAGCCCCAUGUUUGCAAGGAGUGUGGACGAGGCUUUGGUCGGAAAUCAGGUCUCCUCACACACCAGAGGAUACACACAGGGGAGAAGCCCCAUGUUUGCAAGGAAUGUGGACGAGGCUUUGGUCGGAGGUCACAUCUUAUCGAACACCAGAGGACACAUACAGGGCAGAAGCCCCAUGUUUGCAAGGAAUGUGGGCGAGGCUUUGGUCGGAGAUCAGGUCUCCUCACACACCAGAGGACACACACAGGGGAGAAGCCCCAUGUUUGCAAGGAGUGUGGACGAGGCUUCACUCAGAGCUCCGGUCUCCACACACACCAGAGGAUACACACAGGGGAGAAGCCCCAUGUUUGCAGAGAGUGUGGGCGUGGCUUCAGUGACAAGUCAGGUCUCAUCGGACACCGGAGGACACACACACAGGGAUGAAGUCCUAUAUCUGCGAGGAGUACAGGCGUGGCUUCUGUCUGAGGUCCCAUCUUAUUACACACCAGAGGACACGGGAGAAGCCCCAUGUUUGCAAGGAGUGUGGGCAUGGCUUUGGUCUGAGGUCACAUCUUAUUGCACACCAGAGGACACACAUGGGAGAAGCCCCAUGUUUGCAGAGAGUCUGGGAUGGCUUCAGUGAGAGGUCAACUCAUCUCACACCAGAGGACACAGGGAAGAAGCCCCAUGUUUGCAAGGAGUGUGGGUGUGGCUUUGGUCGGAUAUCACAUCUCAUCACACACUAUAUGGACAUAUGGGAGAAGCUCUGUUUAUAGAGAAUGUGAGCAAGUCAUUCAGAGAUCAUAUCA